UUACUACCUCCUUUUUUUAGUUCAUGAAAUUUGCAUGACAAUGUACAACAACAGCCAACGCAAUUGCAACUGUUGCCGUAGAUGGCACAAGUGAAUCUUGGUGAAGAUGUUUAAAAAGAAUAGAGUUCGUCAAGACCUUGAUCUGUAUCGUAGCAUAUCUGGGUGAGUCUCAUUAGUGACAUUUAGUGGCGUUUGCGCAGAGGCGAGUUAAAGAAGCGCAAUUAAUUUAUUUGUUUGAUUGUGUGCUUCAAAUUGCUUGUAGUAAUUGUUCCAAAAAAAAAAAAAAAACACGCCAAAUUAACCAACUUUUCGCUUACCUUGCAUAUCUUAAUCUGAAGUUUUAUAGCACUAUAUUCGCUAGCUUUGUUUUUGCGGAUUACUGUGUACUGUCCAUCAGGGGGAAAGUUCGAUGACCAUCCGCGUGAAAUAGCGCAUCAGUAUCAGUCACCAUUUUAGUAGCGAAAAGAACGAUCUAUAUUCUGUCUGUGCGUUCAUCUUCAUACUACGGACGCUUAUUUUGUGUGUUAUGUUUUGUUAAGAAGCGGCAAAUGAAUCACGUGUUAAAAAGCAAUGAAUCGCUCUCACGUUGAAGAUUAUUCUUUCACCAGUAUGGCCAGUUCUAGCAAUCAAAACGAAUCCCGCCGGCACGGGACUUCAUCGCGUUCGCUUUCAACGACCAUUUCAAGCUCCUCAUCCACUACCGCUUCCACCUCGUUUGUUGCCGUUGGUACGAACUGUUCAACUGGAUCUACCAUUCCGACAACGUCCAACACUUCCUUUCCUACGUCGACGCUAGCGCUCACUACACCCACCGAUUCGGGCCGUCAUGUUCUGUCCCACAUCAAUGACAUCUUCAAGUGUACGAUUUGCUUUGGCCGGCUCGAUGAUCCUCACCUGUGCCCGCAGUGUUCGAAGCUGUACUGUUACGAUUGUAUCGGAGAGUGGCUCGAUUCGGGCAUUAGCCAAAGCUGCCCAAACUGUAAGAUUAAGCUACAGCUCGAUCAACUCGUAAAGGUGCGCUGGUUCGAUGAUAUUCAGAAGUUGCAACAGAAACUGCGCACCCUAAGCGCUUCCGAUACCGAAGACACACAGCUGGUGAAACAGGGCAGUACUAUGGGCCCUGGAACGGAAAGCGAGCUUUGUCCGAUGCAUGGUAAAAUAGUCAACUUUUACUGUUCCUCGUGCAAACAGUGCAUCUGUGAGGUAUGCGCUACGGACGUGUCGGAAGGACGGCACCGGGACCAUACAUUCAAGGCACUGCACGUGACGUACGAGCAGCACGUGAGCAUGCUGAACAACGAGCUGGAAAAGGUAGAACACUAUCGGGACAAGCUGGCGCUACUGAUCAACAAGAUCGAUCGCAAUGUAGCACUGAUCGGACGGGUGAAGCAUGUCAAGCACAAGGAGCUGGAAGCGAUCAUGGUAUCCGCACUGAAGGGUCUCGAUCGGCAGGAGGAAGAGAAGCUGACCAAGCUGCGUACCCAUCAGGACGGUCUGUUGCAAGAAAUGGAAGAUAUCGACCUGAAGCUCCAGACGAUGCGUUGCGAAAUGACGCUCUGCAGCAAACCGGAACUCAUCCAGAUGAAGUCCAACAUCUUCAGCGUGUGUAAUGCGAUUCGCAUGAAUCCGAUCAAAGACUUUAAGCAGAUCCGUGUACAGGCCAAUUUAAAAAUAGAAAUUCCACACCUGUUCGAGACUGGGAUCUUCGUUGUGCAUAACUUUUCCACGUUUGACGACAAUAAGGUGUACUCGAACGAGUUCUCCGACUGUUUGGGACGUACGUGGCGUAUCAUGGCGUGGUGUGUAAUAGCGGAGGAUCACUUCGGGAUCUAUUUGGAGCUGAUCGACGGAAGUCCUUGCUGGAUGGAAUGUACGUUCCAGCUGAUACACCUCGAUCCGGAGAUGACCAUCAGUAAGACUAUCCGCCAGUACUUCGAUAGGACACCACAGAAGGGUUGGGGUUUACGUGAUUUCGUGACACUCACAACGAUUCUGGAGAAGAACUAUGUGCGCGAUAAUGAUUCGCUGGAGCUGCUGUACAACAUACGGCCAUUAACGCCGAUCGACGCACAGCUCUCCCUGGAUGCUGAUGAAUCACUGAGUGAACAUUGAGCGAAACGCAAAAAUUGAAGAAUUUAUUGCCAUUAGGAUGUAAUGAAACGCGUUUCUAGUGUGAUGAUUGUGUGAUAAUGUUUGUGAAUCUUGUCAUGUUUUGAUUGAACAUUUUACAAAUUAUGUUUUUGUUUUUUGCGAAUCUUGUCUUUACAAAUUGUGGUACAAUUUUUUUUUAUUUGGAGAAUCUUGUCAUUGUUCAAUGAAACAUUUUACAAACUGUGUUCCAACUGUGCCGGAAAGACUGAUGGUGUAAUAAGAGGCGCAUUAGUGUUAUAAGAUUAAAAUAAAAGAACCAUAAACUGUG